GCUCCACGCCAGAUGGUCGCCGCGUUCGCCUCGGCAGCAAACCGCCCGGGGAUCGCCGUACGUCGGCGAGCAGGUAUAUCCGCUUAACACAAAGACCACGGGAGGGAAUUUCGCACGGCUAGGGAAAAAUGCCCGCGGUCAGCGUCUGCGAUCCCAUCGCUGCCAGGCUCCACUGCGCCCUGAACAGCAGCCCGUCCAAGACCACGGACGAUCUGUCGCUCGAGCUGGUGAGCAAUGCCUCGCGGAUCAUGCAGACGGAGAUCCGCUACGAGGAGCUCAAGGAUUUCCAGGCCGCGAGUCAGGUGCAGGCCAACUGCAACAUCUUCCUCAACCUGUCCCCCGCCGAGGGUCCGGAGGGGAGCAAAGCGAAGGACGGCGCCGGCUGCAAGAAGAAGAACGACGCGAGCAAAGGGCUGGUACUGCCGGAGCCCGCCGUCACCCUCUACUCCUCCAAGAAGAUCCACCUCGGGUGGAAGGGCAUAUGUCCGGUCGGGGCCGGCAUGUACAACGUUGGAAACUCUUGUUACCUGAACAGCACUCUUCAGGCCCUGUUUCACGUUCCGACUGUCGUCAAUUGGCUGCUGUCCGACCCGCAUCACAACUCCAAGUGCGAGCAAAACAAUGGCGGCGGGGAAUGCCUUACGUGUGCGGUGGCCAAGACUCUGCAGUUCAGCCAUCAGAAGUCUGGCGGUGCGAUCAAACCGUUUUACAUAUAUAAUAAACUAAAGCUCAUUUGCCGAACUAUGGUGCCUGGACAGCAAGAAGAUGCUCACGAAUUUUUACGCUAUUUAUUGGAGGGGAUGGAACGCGCGUAUUUGACUAGGCAUAAAGCGACCAAGUUGGAUAACUACUCUAAGGAAACGACACCCAUUAAUCAAAUAUUCGGUGGCUACAUACGUACUGAAGUCAAGUGCCUGCAAUGUCAACACGUAUCUACCACGUUUCAACACUUUCAGGACUUGCUUGUGGAUAUACGCAAGGCGAAUACACUGGACGAAGCGUUAAGUAGUUACUUCAGUAGAGAACAGUUGGACAACAAUGACUACAAGUGCGAAGCCUGUAAGAGGAGAGUUCCUGCCACCAAGCAGUUCACGCUGGAGCGCCCGCCAAAAGUGUUGUGUGUACAGUUGAAACGAUUUAGCUUUCUAGGGGGGAAAAUAUCGCGACAUAUCGGUUUCAAACAGACUAUAGACAUGGGCCAGUAUUUGUGGAGAGAGCCGGGCGAGUCUCCCAAGCAGCUAACUUAUAAACUUAUGUCGAUGGUGACGCACAUGGGUCCCUCUGUAAAUUGCGGCCACUAUACGGCGGUAGCGCAAGUGUCGAGCGGUCAAUAUUAUUCCUUCGACGAUUCUUGCGUUCGUCAAAUAAGCCUUAAUAGUGUAUUAAGUACAAACGCGUACAUCAUGAUCUUCGAAAUGGAGAACUCUAGCCAAACUCAGCAGCACGCGAAAAUGAACGGCGCGAUAUCCGCGAAGAAUGUACCGACUUCGUUAUCCAAUUCUACGAAUAAAUCGCCCGCGUCCAGAGCCUCGACGUCCGCCGGAUGCUCCGCGAACGGCUCGUCGAGCGGACUGUCAAACGACCUCGGGAAUUCGAGUAAAACUACGUUAAUCGGCCCGCAGCUCCCGUCGCAGAGAACUAUAGAGUUAAAUCUUCCUUCUGUACAAAAACCCAGCGACACCGUUGGUACGCAAUCGUCGCAGAAGACGCAGGAGAAGCCGCAGCCGAGAUUAGUCGUGCACAUAAAAAACGGGAAGGUUCUGAACGGGAACAGCUUGGUGCCGUAUGAAGCGGGUUCCAGCGAGGAAGAGGACAAUUGUUCCUCCGGGUCGGGGCCUUUGAAAAAUCAAACGUCGAAUACUGCGUCCCGAAUUACCGUCACGAACGGUGUGCCAAAAUGCCUUGUUGCGAAGGACGUAGCGAAAACGGUUUCCAAUUCUAAAGAGCUGCAGAAAACCAAUCCCAAGAGCAAUACCAACGGCGUGUCGACAACGCUGAUGCAGGUGACGAUUGUAGACUGUACGAAAACGCAGAAUGGAUCCAACAGUAACGGCCGGAUAAGUGUGCUGAAGCACCAAAAUGGAAAGGCGGAAAACAGUCAGUUGGAGCAACGCGAUAAGGACAAGUGGCGCCAGCCUGUCAGAAUUAAAAACGGACAAGACGAGUUUGUAUCUACGAAAGCGUCUAACAGCAGUAAAAGUUGGCAAGCUAAGGAUGGAUCUUCCAAUUUUAGUGGAUCGUCCAAUGGAUGGUCGUAUGCCAGGGAGGACACCAAGGCAAGUCAAAGUGGUAUGACGCCGAGUGCCGCAGCUGUGCGAGAUUUUAACGGUACCAAUCGCUCGGAGACAGUUUCAUUUUUGUCGAAAAUGUCGCAUCGCGGAUACGGCAGUUCCGCAGUGACGAACUGGAGUGGCAAUAAAACGCAGCUCGACCGCGACGUCAAUAAUGACAGACGAGAGGAACGUAAACGUCAUUUUAACGCGGACGACGAGGACAUCGAUAAGGGUCGAAUAAAGAAGAUCAACUAUCAUCGGUUGUACGAGGAGAGGCCCAGCGCACACUAUGCAUUCCAAAAUCAACCAAAACACUGGCUUGGGAACCGAAUUUAUCGAAAAUCAUAUCCAUAUUCUUCUUCCUACCCGCGGUCGCGGUCGCGUCAUAGACAACAGCCUCACUAUAGAUACAGACGUUGAUAGAUAUUGCUAUGCUCACUCUCGCUACCAUCGGCAACGCGAGCGACCGGCAAAGGUGAACACAGAAUUUUAGGGACUAUAUUGACAAUUUUGGAAGCGGUCCGUUUUAACAGACUGUGUGAUUAUAUGCCGAUUGAUUUUGUAGAAUAGUUAUGUUAUUCAUUUCUGAAUACGAAAGUGAAUUUGGAAGUGAACUGUUGGAUUGCGACAGUUGGUACGUUCAUUGAAAUCUGACGAUGAUUUUAUUUAUGGAGAUUCACUCGAGAAACAUGAUGCAUGUUCCUGAUAAACUCGUGGCAUUUUUUGCCUCCGUUGCAUAAGUUUGAUACACAUAUAUAUUGUAUGGAUCGAUCCAUGGGGGAUGAGUAUCGCCAAUUGUACCAUUUUGUGUUCAACGUGAAUUGUGGAAAAUUAUAAUUUCUUUUCCGAUCGUGAUGUUUGAAUAACUAGUUGUAGUUUUAAUACGCAUUUUCAUCAAUAAAUUUUCAUCUUUGCAAACUAGGCUCGUGUGUGUCGAUAAAAAUACAAAUGAAAUUUAAUAAUUAUUAUUAAUAUAUUGCUUAGCAUGUGGACGCGGUUAAGUUUUAGGAAAAAAUUAAGUAAUAAUGUUGAACAAAACUAUUGCACAUUCUAUUAUCAAAGUUAUAAUUAAAUAAAUAAUUCCAAAUUACGUUUAGUAAAUAUAAAUAUAUUUCGUUGCUAAAUUAUCCUUUAUUCAAAAUAAAGCUCUUGUCGACUGUAUUUUAUUCCUCUUCAAAGCAAUGAUAAGUUAUUUUUAUUACUAAAAUACGGGAUUUUUUAUUGGCAAUAUAGAUGAAGAAUCUUAGUUGUAAUAUCAAAACAAGAGAGAAAAUCAAGAAAAAAAAAACGCUUUGUGUGAAACCUACGAAUUUUUGUAAAAUUUCAAUAAUACGGAGAGCAAUUUAUUGUGUAUCCUAAGAGGAUAAAAUAUUUAUAGUAAAUUGCAUAUAUGUAACGUAUAUGUAAUAAUCCGUCCUCUUUUUAGUAGAGGUACUCUUCCCCCCUGUUAGAAUCAACGCUAGGAAACAGCCAUUCUAGGAAACGACUAGCUAUGAUAAUUGGAUUUGUUGUGGCGUUUCGGAGCAAGUCGCGCAGAUUGCAGAUCAGCACAUUUGAUGGCAGUACCGCGCCAUUUUCUUUUACUAUAAAUUACAAUGGCACAUACCUUGUCAGUGAGUGCGAAUUUAAAUAUGUUUUUAAGUGUUUCUACUGCGAUUAUUAAAAUAACUGUAUAACUAAAUAAGGGACAUAUAGUUACAACAGUUAAUAAUAAUAAUAAUAUUAAUACCGAACAUGUAAUGUAAUGAUAUGUACAUUACUUAUGAUAUAAUAAGCCCAGGAGCGCUUAUAACUUUAAGAAAUCACUAUUAAUGGUUACGAAGCCAUAAGUUAAUUUUCUAAGCGACCCAUGAAAGAGUCAAUUCUCAAUUAUCUCAUCCCUUAUACGAUACCUCAUUACAUCAUCCGAUAGGAAAAAAAAGAGCGUUAGCCGAACGUAAAGGAGAUGUACAUCAAUAAAAUUAAUACGCGAUGUUAUAAAGUGACUUAUACGCUAUACAAGCAAACUAACGGCAGAUUUAUGUACAUGUAUAAAAGGAAAACAACAGUGUCGUUUAUAUAAGCCAUAACAAUCAAUAAAAAGAAACCAACUGAA